CGCGCCUGCGCAGGUGCGGCGCGGCACUCCGAGGACCUGCGAGGCACCCUUCGACUUCCGUGGCAGUGUCGGCUCUCGCGGUAACGACGGGGCGUAGAUGGUGCUCGAGAGGAGGUCUAGCCAGAGGAAGAAGGAUGACUCCUUCGGAGAAGACGUGAGGAUCCUCGCCGGAAGCUCGACGGAAUAUUUCAGCGGCUUCGAGAGACUAACCGUUCCGUUCAUCCAAAGGGGAAGGAGGGCGAUGGUGCACCUCCCAUAACGUGGAUAUGGUAACGAUGAGUUCCGAAAAGUCGGCGUGCCGGCGAAAGCCGGUGGAGGACAAGGACAAGGGAGGAGCCGAACAAUCGGCCGGGAAAGGCCGGAGUGUCCUUUCCAACAGGAGGCAACAUUCGGCCGAGCAUCGCGCCACCCCCGCGGCCAUCAACGCCUCGGCCUGCUCCAAAGACGUGCCCAAUUACAUCGUCUACAAGAAGAUGGAGUCGAUAGUGCAGAGGAUGCUCGACGAGUACACCGGGGUGCCCGUGAAGACUGUCAAGAGUUUCAUGACGAAGAUCCCCUCCGUCUUCACGGGUACCGACUUGAUAUCCUGGAUGACGAAGAACCUCAACAUAGACGACCAAGAGGCACUUCACGUGGCGCACCUAAUGUCGGCCCAUGGGUACCUCUUCCCGAUCGACGACCACUGCCUCACCGUUAAGAACGACGGCACCUUUUACCGAUUCCAGACCCAGUACUUCUGGCCGUCGAACUGCUGGGAACCUGAGAACACGGACUACGCCGUCUAUCUCUGCAAGAGGACCAUGCAGAACAAGACCCGUCUGGAGCUGGCGGACUACGAGGCCGAAAACCUGGCGAAGCUGCAGAAGAUCUUCUCCCGGAAAUGGGAGUUCAUCUUCAUGCAGGCCGAGGCCCAGAGCAAGGUCGACAAGAAGAGGGAUAAGCUGGAGCGCAAAGUCCUGGACAGCCAGGAGAGGGCUUUCUGGGACGUGCAUCGACCGAUGCCCGGGUGCGUGAACACCACGGAGCUCGACAUCAAGAAGGCUUGUCGAAGCCAAAAGCCCGUCCCGAAGGCGAGCAAGCACUUGCAACUCGGCGUCGCCGGAGGGAGAAUCUCGCCCCCGUUGCUGGACGGCGACGGCGCUCUUCCGAUCGAGUCCCUGAAGAAGGAGAUCGAGAUCUUGAAGCAGAGACUCGGCAGGAGGAACAUCAAGGUCUCGAAAGUCGCGGAGGCACUAAUCGGCUACUACGAGCAGUACAACGAGUACGACCCGUUCUUCACGCAACCCGAGUCUACGAACCCAUGGAUAUCGGAUUGCACGGACAUGUGGGAGCAGGAGAGACAAGGGAAGGAGAUAUCCGCGAGGAGGGUGAAGAGGUGGGCUUUCGGUCUUCAGGAACUCCUGCAGGACCCCAUCGGCAGGGAGCAGUUCGUUCGUUUCCUGGACAAGGAGUUCAGCGGUGAAAAUCUCAGGUUUUGGGACGCCGUCCAGGAGCUGAAGACGUUACCGCAAUCCUGCGUGAAGGAGAAGGUCGAGGAAAUUUGGAACGAGUAUCUGGGACCCGAUGCGAGCUGCCCCAUCAACGUCGACUCCCGGUCCUACGAGGCGACGAAGAAGAACAUGGAGAAGCCCGAUCGAUGGUGCUUCGACGUUGCCGCCGCCCACGUCUAUCACUUGAUGAAGAGCGACAGCUAUUCCCGUUACCUCCGGUCCGAGAUGUACAAGGACUUCCUGAACGGCUCGAAAAAAAAAACCUCCGUCAAGGGGAUUCGUUCGAUCGUGUCCUUCGCUGGGCGCAGAGACACGGCGGGAUCUUAACCGGCUGAAGGCUUCGUCCUGUAUUUUUUCCUUCCCGAAGAGGACGGCAAAGUUCUUCGACUGAUCCCACCGCUGUCGUGGUCCACGCAAGAGCCUCGACCAGACGCGUCGACGGAGAACGGUCGAGCUUCGCCCGCGGCUUUCCAGGCGGCAAAUAACGAGGUUCCGGUAGCGACGAUCGACGAAACGCGGGAAUACGCGCGCCAAUUUCACGGGAAAUUCACAUGCAUAUGGUAGCCGAUAAAAGUGACAGCACGGGGGUUUGACGGACAGCCGACACAUCGAUCUCGCCGAUGACUUCUAUUUUAGGGUGCACGAUGCGAAACUCGAGAAUCGAGCGAACCAAGUUCUCGGAGCUGCCGGAGAAGAUGAAACGCCCAGGACGAUAAGAAGAGGGAUAUGUAGAAUUAGGCGCUGAUAAGGAACGGUUUCGAAACUUCGCGCCGAACGAUCGGUCGACCAACUCAAAGGACGUGCUCAUUUAACGUAUAUACUUGUACAUUGUAAGAAGACGAUGAAUUUCCUGCGGUAGCUGUUAAAGGAUCUACGUAAGCGCGAGUCGACCGGACGGAGAAGCACGUCGGUGCGAAAAGCGAUUGAUCCUUGGUGCUAUAUGAGGAAUAAGAAGAGAGAACGGGAGAAGAGGGAGGAGUCCUCAUCGUCUUCUGUAAAAAAAAAAAAAGCUCCCCAUCGAGGAAGAAGUCGCCGGUCUCGGCAGACUUGGUAGGCACUCAAUUGUGCUGCUCGCGAGCGGCUCCUGGACUGGCCAUCCGAGCAGCACUUGUACAUGGCGAUCGAGAACGUCGGCGGAAAGCUGACUGAUAAUUUGGCACGCGAGAAUUUGUGAUAGGCGGCAGGAAUUGGCGACAUUGCGAGGCCGAGUCUCUUCGAGCAGGCCGUUGUUGAUGGAUUUGCAUUCGCGUACUCCCGGUUGCGGGACUUGCGACCGGGAUUUGUUUAUACGUAGCGGUUAUGGGUUUAGAGUUUAAAUUAAACGUUUCCGGGAACGUAGGCGGCAGCGGGCCGUCGACACCGAUGGACCCGAGGAAUUGCGAAUUCGGUGACGACGAUCCGAGCUAGCCGAUCACUUGGCGGGUAAGAAUUUGUGAUAGGCGGCGAGAAAUGGCGACAUCGCGAAGUCCUCCACCUCGCCGUCAAAGGUGUUCCGUUUUGGGUUUGACGAUCGUUGACGGGUAAGGGAUAAAGUCGCAAUACCGCGUUCGAGCUUGUCGAUAUGUAGCGUUUAAGGGUUCUUAGGGUCUAGGACGUGAUAUCGAAGGAGUUCCCCUAGCGAGGGAGAAAACAUCCUCGGGGAUCCGCGGACCGCGAAACACCGUAGCUUUUUUAUCACGUAAAACUCGGACUCUCCGGAUAAGAUUACUCGGUCUAAUAACGCUGGACAAAUGAGCCUGGUGCCCAGGCUCCCUUUGAUACAGGAUGUUUGCUCUCGAUUCGCAGGUUAUCCCACGCAUAUGCCCGCCCAGGAUGAGCGCACAUUCGAAAAGGCGAAAUUGGAAGGAAAUCGGAUCACCCGAUGUAAUUAAGCACACGUGUACCCAGAGUCGAGGGCAAGGGAAACGAGAAAACGCGUGCGAGCGGCUUGGACAAAACGAUAAAGAGCCGGAAUAAUUGGGCGGAAUUAAUUAGAAACGCUCGGACCACGCGAAACCGACGUCACCGAAAGAAUCCCCGAGCUGAUAUUCAUUGUGAACAAGAUAGAACAAAAAUGAAAAAAAAAAGAAGAAAGGAUGACGAUACCGAGAUACACCGUCGAUACGAACCACGUUCGCUCGAUCCUCGAGUACCGCUCGAGAAGUGUUUAAUUAUUAGACAGACAGUAGACGUGUACUGUACAUAGCGUAGGACUUGUGUAUAUUGUUUAUAUCGUAGCUAUGUAUAAGCGUAUAAAUAUGUACACGCGUACACGUGGACGUGCAAGAUCGCGACGAAACUCGGAUGCACCUGUCGCGGAUGCUGGGAUUUUAAUCGACGACAAAGAAAGAGGAAUUGUUCCUUUUUUCGAGGAGUAUGCUAGGGUGCACUUCGAGGGGAGUAAAUUCACUUUGCUCGGAAAUUCAACAUUUCCACGAUCGGCUGGAAUUCGAAUCGCGUACACCUGACUUAUUCCUUUAAUCGGUCCCAACAACUAAAGGUGAAAGACGUGGAACGCGAAACUCCCAAAAUGGCCUCCCUUUUCCCCUAGAAAACUGCCUUGGCACGUACAGGGCGGAUGAAGCAGGCCGACUGCAAUGAAGCAAUCCGUAUAAUAACAGAAAAUUGCCGAAGAAACGCGAAAAAAGAGACGAAAACGGACGAUCUCGACCGAGCUUGAAGUAUUUCGCGCCAUUUCGCGGGGCCGACAACAGUUGCAUCGCGAUCCAGGGAACUUGCCGUGCAUAUGUAGCGUUCUGGAAUUGAUCGUGCUAUCACACAUUACGGGUCGACGAUGAUUUUAUAUGCCGCUGUAUUUAAGGGUACAGACCUCUCUCCGGAACGCUCGGAAGAGGCACCGGGCUGCGAACUUUCCGUUUAAGGAAUUCCGACUCGUACUUUAACGCUAAGCGUAGGUUUAAACAUUCUUCUCGACUCUAGCAAGUACACGGGUAUCUCAUAAUGACAAUGAUAAUAAUAACGUUAAUAAUAAAGUAACCGUAACUGACAAAAGGUGGAUGAAAAGUGGAUCUCUCACGAGACACGCGCGCAAGUGCCAAUCGGUCGGCGCUCUCUUUCUAUAUCUCCGUUGAAAUGAAUUUUUUAAGUCUACUUGUAAUUCUCCGAUUUCGUCCAGUUUGUCAAGCCGUUC